UUUCCCUGUUUCUUUUUUCCUUCUUAUUUUCAUGCCAAAAGAUAAAGUAAAGCUUUUCAUACAGACCCCGCAGGCUGAAUGCCAAACUUCUAUUUUUGAAAUUGUAUUUAGAAGUAAAUUUAGACUACAAGGCCACUGUUGGGUAGAAACUCAUACCACAAAUUUCCCCUUGGGGACGCAAAUUAGUUAUCAUACUUCAGAUACAUCUGGCCUUGGAAUGGGCCAGAAUAGGCCCAGUUAAGGUAGCUAGCCCAUUUUUGAAGUACGAACCCAGCUUUGAUUGGAUAUAUCAUUAUUCUUCCACGAAAGCACUUGGGAGACGCAAAUCAAUCCUGUGCUAUCCGUUUCAAAUUACUGGUUGGUGGAGAUGAGUUCAUUGGCAUCUUCACUUUAUACGUGCAAUCCCAAAAACCUCAGCAAACAGAGCUCUGGGCAACACAGAGAUCUCCAUGCAUCACAAGUAUCAGGUAUUAAAAUAUCAAGCCAAGCCCAGAAUAAAUCUUCUCUACAACUUCAAGUAAAUGAGAAGCCAAGUAGUUUGCUCAGCAGAAGGGAAGUAAUUGGGUUUGGCUUCGGUGUUAGCCUUCUUGAUGUACUCUUUCAACCUCAACCCUCUGCGGCAGCUGAAGGAGGAGCUUCAUGUGAACUAACAGUAGCUUCUUCUGGCCUCGCCUUCUGUGACAAAGUUGUGGGUACUGGUCCUGGGGCUGUCAAAGGACAGCUCAUUAAGGCGCACUAUGUGGGGAAAUUGGAGAAUGGGAAGGUAUUUGAUAGCAGUUAUAAUCGUGGGAAGCCUCUUACAUUCCGAAUUGGUGUUGGUGAGGUCAUCAAAGGCUGGGACGAAGGUAUUCUAGGUGGUGAUGGAAUUCCUCCCAUGCUUGCUGGGGGCAAACGCAGCUUAAAGCUUCCACCAGAACUUGCAUAUGGGGCUAGAGGGGCUGGAUGUAAAGGAGGCUCAUGUAUAAUUCCACCAGAAUCAGUUCUCCUGUUUGAUGUAGAGUUUAUUGGCAAGGCAUGAGAUGGGUUCUACAAAUAGCCAAUAUUUACAACAUGGAUGAACAAUCAGCACGUUUUUGUUCCCUCAUUUUCCUCUGUAUGAAAUAUUGUUUGUAUAUUAUGUUAGAGAUAUGAGAUGGAAAAAUUAUAAGUUUAAUCAUAAUAUGAGCACCUACAUAUGUCA